AUGCCACUGUGCGAAAUUGCCUCGAAUGCCCAAGUCCAGCAGGACGUGGCAGAUGCAUUUCUUGCAGAUGUUGAAAGCAGUAUAAACAAGCUUCUUGGCAAGCCAACUCAGUACAUUAUGGCGUCCCUUUCGCACUGCGCUAUGCGCCACAACGGCAGCAGUCAGCCCUCUGCAAAUGUUCGCCUCCAUUCCAUUGGAGGGAUUAACAGCAGGAACAACAACAAGUUAUGCACUGAGCUUUCGGCUCUCUGCCAGAAGCACCUAGGAGUUUCAUCGGAUCGAGUGUUUUUUCAAUUCGUUGACACCAGCCCCGCGAACUUCGGCAUUGGCUCCCAAGUGUUUGGCUGA